CGAUGCGCGAGGUACUGUUAUCUACAAUUUACUGUAUAUUUUUAAUUUUGUAAAACCGUUUAUUCGUGUAUGUAGUUUAUACUAUUCUAUGUUUUCCAUUUUGUGGUCAUUUGACAGUUGAUUUUGUUCUUGAUUGUUACUAAACUGUUGUUUAAGGUAUUUUACUACUACGAUUUUUCGGUAUUUUACAAAGUAGUCAAACAAUUCAGCUACGACUUUUUAUUACUUAUUCAUUGUUAUUUAUAAUUAACAUUUAUUAAAUCAAUAUUUAAUUAAUUAAUUAUUUAAACGUUUUUACUCGUCGUCAUGUCAGAAAGCAAUAUCGAAAAUGAGACUAUCAAAACAAAAAACGUCAGAUCUAUAAAAUCUUUUUUUUUUGCGCCUAAAAAGAUAAAAUUGGAAGUAAACAAAGCAUCUAAUUUUGAUUCUCCUUCUGAUGCAAUAAAUUCGAAAACUACAAAUGUAAAUAAAAAUAUUCAUCAUUCGACUGUAAUGACGAUUGAACAUGAUACAACUAAUGCAGAGUUUUCAAAAUCAUUUAAAAAUAAUACAAAUGAACAACCUAAUCAAGAACUUGAAAAAUCAAAUUAUUCAUCUUCAUCUAGUACCUGUAGUAGUGUUGACUUAUGCAGUUCAAGCUAUGAAAGUGCUGAUGAAAUUGAUGAAUCUAUUUUUACAAACUGUGAACCAGAAUUAGAGUACAUAGUCAAGCCUCAAAGCCUUCGUACAGUUCCUGGUCCUUAUGAUAUUUCACAAACCAUCGAUGAAGAGCCAUAUCAACCAAAUUUAAAGAACUAUCCUAAGACUACCUAUGGUACUGGCCGGACAAAGAGGACCAGAAGUUUUCAAUUUUGUUGGUUUUUUUCACUUAAACAAAAGAACGAUAGUGAUAGUAUGUUUAUAAGUACAGGUUACACUAAUUGGAAAAAUGCAAUGUCUAGUAGGGGUUUUUUGAGACAUGAUAAUAGUGAUGAACAUAAAAACUGUACUAUUUCAUGGGUAGAAUUUAAAAAAAACAAAUUAAACAAGACUUCAGUGUUAUCAAAAUUAAAUAAUCAUCAUGCUAGUAUUGGUAUUGCCUUCCGUGGACAUCUUGAAAAUGAAUCUAGUAUAAAUCAAGGAAAUUUCUUAGAGUUGAUGAAAGUUAUUUCUCUUUUUGAUAAUGUUGUUAAAAAGAAAAUUAAUGGCCCAAAAAAUGCUAGGUAUCUUCAUCAUUCAAUACAGAAAGAAUUAAUUCACAUCAUGGCUAGUAUGAUAAUAAAUAAAAUAUCUUCUGAACUAGACAAAUCUAUGUAUUUUGCAAUAAUGAUAGAUGAAACUAAGGAUAUUACAAAAACUGAACAAUUAUCAGUUGUCGUUAGAUAUUAUUAUAACAAUGAAAUUAAAGAGCGAUUUUUAGGGUUUACUCCACUAAAAAAUUUAGAUGCAAACACAUUAUUUAAUCAUAUUCAAACAUAUGAUGGAGCUAAUGUUAUGAGAGGCUCAAUUAAUGGAGUUCAAGCUUUAUUUAAAAAUAAAGUUCCUCAUGCUGUUUAUAUUCAUUGCCACAAUCAUCGUCUUAAUUUAGUUCUUGUAGAUGUAGCAAAAAAUGUUGAUGAAUUCAUUGAGCUUCAAAAACAAAUUUUAAAAAUUCCAAAACCAAUUGAACUUAAAAGAUUAUGCCUUACUCGUUGGUCAUCUCAAAUUCAUACAUGUCGAGCUGUUAAAGCUACUUUGGAAGUUAUACUGUUGUUAUUAUAUAAGAUUUCAAAUGAAAAAAAUAAAAAUGCUGAUAUGGCCAAAGCAAUUAUAUUAAUGAAUUCUCUUAAAGAACAUUUUUGUGAAAUAAGAAAUGAUCUAAGUUAUCAUUCAAAAUUAUAUAGUGAAUCCAAAUUAAUGGCAAAUAAAUUAAAUAUAAAACACCCUUCUGCACAAAAUAAAGAAAAAAAUAGAGUUAAAAAAUUACCCAAACAUUUGCAACAAUUUAUAGUUGAAGGUAGUUCAUUGGAAAGUUCAGUAUUAGGUUCAGAAACUGAUUUUCGAAAAAACCUUUAUUUAAUUAUUAUAGAUAAAAUCAAUGCUGAACUAAGUAAAAGAUUUUCUAAUAAUGAAGAUUUAUUGAUAGGAAUUAGUGUAUUGGACCCAAGAAAUAAAACUCAAUUGUACUACAGUUUUAUUGAUGCAUGA